GGGAGGGAGGGAGACUGGAACUCCAUUCCACACAGGCAAACCCACAGAGGCUCGCAAAAACCACCUCGACUGCAGCACACACUCUCUCCCUCUAACACCACUGGAUGUGGAUUCUCCAUCUUACUACAUACAUCUGCAGGUCAUUCAGUAGAGAAGCCAGUGCUAUCCGCCUCAGGGGUCAGAAGAACAGAGAACAACAUGUGACAAUCAGUGCUCCACAGUCGGCAGCAUGCUUCGAUUUUCUCGGACCUUGGCUCUCUUCUUCUGGUAUUAUUUGCUAUUUCACAGCCAAGCUCUGGCCGACGAAGAGGCCACUGGGGAACUGACACCAUCAGGCAAAAAUUCACCUGAGGAGAAAUCUAGCUUUUACUCGUGGUUUCCAUCCAUACCCAAGCUUCCUUCCCUGCCCUCUUUUGGCCUUUUUGGGAGCUCAGAUGGCAAUAAUGAAGAAGCUGUCUCAACGGCAACUGCCAAAGGGGUGACAGAACUAAUUGGUGUCCUUCAAGACUACACGGGAUCAGGAGAAGGGAGCAAUUCUGAGGAAUCUCAGCAAACCACAACAUUGACUCAAAGGCUCUUUAUGAGUGUGGCAGAGAUAGGAACUGAACCACUUCCUGUCGGGACAUCAGAUUUGCAACACAGCAGCAUAUCUCAGAGCAAUAGAGAGGCUUUUGUUUCUCCCACAAGCAGCUUUAUCAGAACUACUCUGUUCACCGACAGCCCUCACAGAAGUAAAACUCCUGAACAAAACACAACACAUACCCCAAGAUCAUGGAGAUCCACAACAGUUGUGAUGUCUAGCACAGGUGUGACUCAAACGCCUCUUCCAGAUAAAGAAAGUGGUUAUCGGGAGGCUAUUAUUUUCACAGAGAGGAUUUCUUCAACAACCCCACCAGAAACUACAGUUUCCACUGCCCUAACAUGGAAAACCGCCCAAACCACAACACCCAACCCAGGACUAGUGGAGACGGCUCAGACCAGCACACACCUUGUGGGGCGUGUUACUCUUCCCACCAUUGCAGAAACAAAUUAUUUUGGGGAACAAGAAGAUUUAGCUGUCAGUGUUGCUCUUCACUUAUCAGAAGGAUCAUCAGAAAUCCCCCCCACAAGAGGUAACUCAAUCCUGGGCGUAUCUGAGACCAGUCUGGUGAAUACUGAAGGGUCAGGGGUGCUUUCUACCACUCCAAGGAUGAAUCCCACCAUCGUGGAAGGCACAAUAUCAGAUAUUUACCCCACGCAAAACCAUUUAGACCUGGAUUUCUCUGAAAAAAUUACGGUGAAUGCUGAACAACAAUCAGAAGUAUCCCCUGCUGCCUUCAGGACGGAUCAUAACUUAAUAGUGGAGAUCACGACAUCAGAAAUUCAUCCAACAAAAAGCCAUUUUGAGUUGGAUUAUUCAGAGACCAUUAUCCCAAACACAGAACAACAACCAGGAGUAUUGCCUACCAAGCUCAGGAUUGAUCAUAACUUGGAAGUGGACGGCACAACAUCAGAAAUGUACCACACACAAAGCCACUUAGACUUGGGCUUCUUUGAGACCGGUAUGAACACCAAACAAGACCCAGGAGUCCUCUCUUCUACCCUCAGAAAGGUUCUCAAUUUAGGGGUGGAGAGUACAACACCGGAAAUUCAGACUACACAAAGCCAUUUGGGCUUGGGCUUCUCUGAGACGAGUACGGUGAAUGCCAAACAGCCUGGAGUAUUCUCCACCACCCUCUGGGUCGAUCAUAAUUUAUCUGGGGAAUCCAUACCAAGCACGACUCAAAGCGAAAGGACUAACUUUCCAAUAGCAGAAGAUCUGCCGGGCGAAGAGGCUAAGGAGAAGGAUGAAGGUGUGGUCACUUCAGCUACAGGCGGGGUUGCUGACAUACAUUUGACAGACACUUCCACAUCAUCCGCUCAGCUGCUAACAACAUCCACGGCACAGAGCACAGGGGUUUCCUCUGAAUCUCCAUCUAUACUUCUGUAUGCUGAAGACUGGAUGUCUAACCUACCAAGCAGCGACAGCACCUUACUUCCAGACUGCAAUAAAGAACGCUCUGGAAUCUGCAACCUCUCCUACACCUGGGAUGCCACUCCUUCCCUGAGCAUGAAACCCACACAGAAUAUCACUGCCACAAACCACUCCACCAACCCCUUCCCAAUCCCUGCUACACCCAUGUUGGUGCCCUUGUACACAGACUGGAACAGUGCCAUGGCGGCCUGGGGCCUGGCAUGGGAGGCACACGUCUACGGUGCAGGUGGCGUCUUUGCAUUGCUAACGCUUGCCUCUGCACUCAAUCUGCUUUGUUUGCCACUGAGAUGUCCAUCAGGGUGUGGCUACUUUGCUCUUGUUAGCUUGUUCCUUCUAGCUGCAGGAUGCACCAGGUCCUUCUCCCUUCUAUAUGAUGCCUAUGGCCACCAGGAUCGCAUAUCCUCCACAGAGGCCUCGCUCAUGCUCUAUGAAGCACCUUUUCCCUGUCUUACGGCAGCAUUUGGUUUGGUUUUUCUUCUCCUCUCAAUGCGCUCAAGAAUGCAGCUCUCCUAUUCAGCCUUCCAGAGACCCUGUUUCCUGGCCUGUCUGGUUGUCUUGCACUUUGCCGCUGCAUUUGGUCCGGUGACUUUCUUUAAGUUCUACCAGCAAAAGCCCCCUUUGUGCCUCUUUCUGUCAUUGAUCUCCCGGGGAGCCUUUGUGGUACUCGCAACAUUUUUAUCUGCUGCCUAUUUUGUUUUCUAUAUCUAUGUCCGGGCAGACUCAAAGCACAUCUAUCAUCUGAACAACACAUCUCCAACACCUGCUGAACGCUACAACCGCUGCCCAUUUGCUGAGAGCAGGGACUGGAAUCGCGCGGCUUUAACCGUUUGUCUUUCAGCCUUGUUCUCUUUAGCGUGCGCAGGUCUGCAGCUAUACGCAAUGCUUAAUGCUAUGGGUGUUAUUGGUGGAGAGGAAGUCUUCAAUCCUUGGCCCUGGUGGGCGUUCCAGUUUAGCUGUAGACUAUGUGAGCUUGGAGUUUGCCUCACCUUAGCCUUGGUGGUUGCCCAACCAGUUUUUUGUUCUGACCAACUUCCAGCAGCUGGAAGCUGUUGGACUGAACUCCUAGCGUCCAAGUCCCCCAUCCUGCCCGGGACCUACCAGUGGACACUCAGCCAGCAGGAGAAGCUUGCAAUUGUUGACACCGUUGGGCUCGGUGAGACGGAAAACCUUCCACUGUACACUCUGAUGGAUGAGAGGCUUGGAAGCAGCCUGAACGGCUUGGACCUCCUCUACCACAGCAACCGGGCCUUAGCGUACCGAGACCUCGACUUGGAUUUAGGCUUACUGGGUUCGGAAAAACCUGAGGAUGGAGGAGGCAGAGAGCCUUCGGGUGGAUCCUCGUUUACAAGCGACUCCACUACAGAUCUGCGCCCCCCUUCACCGAUCAAUUUGCGGCGCAGCAUAGACGAAGCACUCUUCAGCGAAGCCUUAUUUCCCAUGAGCCUCUUCAGCCCUAUUCGCUGCAGUGACACAUCGGUAAAAGACCACUGGACGCUUCCGAGCAAUGGUCCCUGUGAUCCUCUCUCCACCGACUCCAGUCUUUAUCGAACCUCAUCUUGCCUAGAGAUGUCCUCUCAGCCACAGUUCCCUCCCACCCAAUCUCAAGGUGUAGCCACAGACGGAGUCCCAGCAUCUCCCUCCGUGGGCUCGUCGUCGAGUGGUUCAACCCCUGAACGUUGGAGAGGCAGUUCCUCUUCCUGCUCUCUUUACCGUGCCUCGCUUGCUGGCUCCUCGCUGGUCCUUUGCCCAAGUUCUGAGAGACAUACGCAGCAGCUUCCGCAGGAAGGGGGCUCCGAUGUGGAACCCCAUAACCGACCAAGAAGCUACCAAGCCCUGGGAGCAGCGUCGCAGGAAAGCCUGAGCCUGUCAACCGAGACAGAUCGAUCUGUGCAGCAAGAAUUCAUCACAGUUUGCAGACAAAUGGAUUCUUUAAGCAUCUGCAGCGAGACUAUAGAUUUAUAAAAUGAAAAAAAAAAAAAGGAGACCUGGAUUAAGAAGGACCUAAAAUGAGCGUAUGCUAUGUGCAUCAAAUUGACUGGAAUUUUAAAAUGGUGUUUGAUAGUGCAUGUCAGCUUUACAUACAUCUUACAGACUUGAGAUGCCAAAAUGUUUCAGGGGGUUUGAUGAGACUUCUUCAAGCAUUUAGUGAAUGUCCCUGUGAGUCCAAGUGCCAAGACUGUCAAAAGCCAAGAGCUGUACUGUUUGUACAUUUUACAUGUCUUAUAAAAGGAGAUGAAGUGUGUUAAAUUAAGACUUACUUUUGCUAAGUGGUGAGAUGACAAGAAGCUAUUUGUACAAAUGUUUUUUAUGGCAUUCAAACAUUCCAUUAAGUUGUACUGUGACCGAUAUAAGCUCUUAAGUGCUACCGUUGUAAUGACCUCCAUAGGUUUACAGUCGUUAUAGCUAAUCCCUACUCUGGAUGUUUCUUUUGUUUGUUUUUUUUCUCCAAAUGUAAGAGCCUCACACCUACAUAUUUCUCAAAGUUAUGGCACACCAGUGCCCUCUGCUGGCAAAGGCACAGUGUAUUUCGCAGCUGUUUCAAUACAUACAGUGUUGUAAGAAGAAAAAAAAAGUGUUUGGCCUCUUACAGAUUUUGUCUGUUUCUGCUUUUUUGCCACACGCUUCAGAUAAUCAAACAACUUUUAAUGUUAGACAAAAAAAACUAAGUAAAUAUUUAGCUCACUUUUUAAAUGGGUCUCAUUUAUUAAGGGAAAAAAGCUUAUAAACUUAUAACUGAUUGUGACCAUCCCACUCUGAUAUCGUUACUUUGAUUUAGUUCAGCAAUCUUAUUCUAAACGUAAGACCGCAAAAUGGUGUCUGGACGAUCACCUUUAGUGUUUUCUGCAAACGUCUAUUUAAAGUCAUUGGAGGACAUAGUGCAUGUUGCCAAUUUAAGAGUAAUUGUGCAGACUCACAGAUAGCUGCCAUCAGUUGGAGAGCUUGAUUGAGGAGAUGUUCUUCUUCCUGGUUAAGAGAAGCAGGAAAUCUAAGGACCAUUCCACUAGAGGGAUGCCCACUACCCACUGAAGGUGGGUGGAUGGAAACCACUGAUGACUGAACAAACAUGGGAAACAAAGAAACAUGGCCUGUCAAAAACACUAUAAAACAUCCAGUAUAAUCAAUUAACGUUGGUGAUACUGAACUUACAGCUCACAUUAUCAGGAUUUCCUCCAAUGACGGUGCAAGAAAUUUUAAUAAGAAUCCUGAGGAGGAAUAUGAAGAUAUUUACUUACACCAAUAACAUGUUAAUAAUGUCAUCUUGAAAGCCUUUGCUGCAUAAUAAACUCCUCAGGCUUAUUGUCCUAAACAUCAAUAUUUAAAUUGAUCAUUUCGUCAUACAGGACGGUAUUAUUUAACAUGGCUCCAAAACAGUCAUACUGCUGGCCUUAGCACAAUCUAAUUUAAAGACAUUUACAGCAAAUAACGUUUUUAGAUGUUCAAAGCUCACUUGGAACACACAAAAAAGUAUAUAAUUAAACAUAUUUAGAACAUAGUAAGUACAUUAUCCAGAUUUCUUGCCUAUAAAUUUUAUAACUUAGCAUAGUUUCAGGGCAAGAUUUGCUGGACUCUUUUAAUUAUAUAACUGAAGAAGUAUUGCCCACGUUAGCUGUUUUUUUAUUUUUAGGUUUACAGCAGAAGAAACAAGUCCAGUGCCCAACAGAACCAGAGCAACUACGUACCUUUGUCCGGAUAUCCCGUUUAUUUCUGUCGUUUCUAUCUUAUUUUACUUAAAUGUAAAUGUCCGCUCAAAGUGCAGCUCUGACUUUCCUUUUUUAAUGAGAUGCACCUGCGAUAACUGACGAGGGUCUGAGGAGUGGGGCCCCUUCAGGGAGCUCUGCAGAGGUCGACAGCUGUCAUUGAAAACUGCACAUUGCCACUAUUCCUCGUCGAUUCUACGUUGGUCGUCCCUCGGUAGCCCCCUUCCAGCUGGGUUCCCAACGGUACACCUGGCGAGCAGCGCCCCUGGGUGGGAUCCCAUUGUCUCAUCAGUCUGCAGAAUAUUUUCCAAAAUAUAUUGGGGAUCAAGAGAUUUAUUUUAUUAAAAUUAUAGAUUAGCUUCUACGUUGUUCAUACUUCUGCCAUUUUUAGCCAGUCUCUUAUUUACUAAUUCAUUAAAACUGAUCUUAACGGAGGAAAAUGAGGCCUGCAGUGUUAUGGAAAUUCUUCCUGGAUGAAUCGCUGAUUUUCUCUUGAAAUUAUUUUGGUGACCCAUCCAGUUUUGAGAGGGUUUGUCAACGUUUCAUGUUUUCUCCAGAUGAGAAGAGCUCUCACUGUGGUUCAAGGAAGUCUUGGAAGUGGCUUUCUCGCCCUGAAUAACUUUCUUAUCUGGUUAUGGAUUUAUUUAGAUCAAUGUGUCUUUUUCACAUCUUGCUUCAUGUUAUCAAACAGGUUUUACUUAACCGAUCUCUUCAUUACACCGGCCAAGCAGAAACCAGGCGUAGGUAUGGGAAGUAAAGAAAAGGACCCAAAACUGGUUCAAUAACAGCACUUUAAACAGACUGGUUUGGAAAGUGUAUUCCCCUUAUUAAAUUAACUGAUUUCUGAAUUCUACAUUUGGUCAGUUUAUUUUUGUCAGAAAAAAAUAAAAUAAAAAAAUUCGUUUGAGCCAAACCAUUUACAGCACUUUCAAAUCCUGACAGUACUCUCUCCAAUUGGCAUACUAAUUUAUGUUGAGAAAAAAAUAUAUAUGUUAAAUGUUUUUAUCUUCUUUUUCUUAAGUCUAAGAGUAGAUUUCAUUAUAUGGGUUCACAAUGCUGAUUUUUAAUAAAGACAGGAGCUCAUGCACAGUAUUAUGUAUGUAUUUAUUUUAACAUAUUAAACAGCUAAAGCAACCUUCCUCUUACGAGUGUUUUUACUGUAAACAUCUUUCUCGAAAUCCCAGGUGGCUUUACAAAACGAGUCUUUUCCCAUCAGUUUACAAAAAAGGGGCUUUUAUUAAUAAUAAUAAAAAAAGAACAUUUGGUUUUUGGCUGCAAAGUGUGCCAUUUUGUGAUGGCAACAGCUGACAAACGGAAACUUGCACAAAGAAAAAAAAAAAAAAGAAUAUUAAAAAGUCAGUUGUGCUUUCUGGAUAGACCAACAGGUCUCAGUACUUGACAAUUAAAUCCUAAACGGCUAGAGAACCUGUCGUAAAUGGAGAACUGAAAAAGAAAACUCUUCAAGCUGAUUGUAGGCAAAGGUUUCUUCAUAUACAGAUAUAUCCGUUCACAUUUUCUUGCAAAUCAGUCUGCUGUUAGUUGAACUUGUGUGGCUUAGAGAAACUACAUUAGGUUAGAGGAAACAGAUAGCAAUUGUUCAAAGUGAAAGUCCUCGCCAUACUUUUUUUUUUUUUUAUCAAAUCUUACUCCGACAUCAACUGAAGGAAGGAUAAAGAUACUGUCGUUACGCACCGAGCCGUCACGUGUCCAUCUCCGUUUCAAGGCAUACCUCUGGUGAACAAAUAAAAACGUGCCCGACAGGAAAGUAACGAGAGACGAAACUGCAAGCAAACUGCUGCACCACUUUUGGUUUUAACGUAAAGUUAAAAAGAAAUGUAAAACAAAACAAAAAAUAAGUGUAAAAUACGCUUGGCAGUAUGUUUGCAAUCCAAGCAGAAUAUAAAUACAGCCACACUUGGCUUAGUGAAAAAAAAAAAAAAAAAAAA